ACUUUACACAUUGUACUGAUUGUAGAGAGAGAAAGCAGGUAGAUACAACUCAUCCAUCUGCACAUCUCCUGAGGUUUUAGGAUAUCCAAGGGAAAGUGAAUCCCAACUCUCUCUCUCUCUCGAGAACCACAAAAGCUAAAUCCUUUGAGUUCUUGAUGAAGCAAAAAGCAGCAGAAAAAGACUAAAGAAUCUGCAACAAUUCUUGAUCUCUCAUAUUAGCCCUUGAACAUUGAAGGGUUUUGCUCAAAUUACCAUGAUUUGAUUCCUCAACAUCACGCACACACACACAGCUAAAAUGGGUUUUAUUGGGAAACCCAUGUUGCUUCCUAUUUUGCUGGUUUUGUUCACAAGCCUUGAGGCACCCCAUGUUUCAGAAUCUGCUUCUGACUACUCCACUUUGGUCUACAAGGGCUGCUCAAAGGAGACUUUCACAGAUCCAAAUGGGGUGUACUCCCAAUCACUUUCUGCACUCUUUGGCUCACUGGUUUCACAAUCCACUAAAACCAAGUUCUACAAGGCCACUUCUGGCUCUGGCCAAAGCAGCAUCACUGGCCUCUUCCAAUGCAGAGGGGAUCUCACCAAUUCUGACUGCUACAACUGUGUCAGCAGGCUCCCAGUUCUGAGUGACAAACUCUGUGGCAAAACCACUGCUGCCAGAGUCCAACUUCUAGGCUGCUACAUCCUCUAUGAGGUUGCAGGGUUCUCCCAAAUCUCAGGAAUGCAGAUGCUGUACAAGACCUGUGGGGCAACAAAUGCUGCUGGGAGGGGGUUUGAGGAGAGGAGGGACACUGCAUUCUCUGUGAUGGAAAAUGGGGUGGUCACUGGCCAUGGCUUUUACACAACCAGCUACCAGGCUGUGUAUGUGAUGGGGCAGUGUGAGGGUGAUGUUGGUGACUCAGACUGUGGAGAGUGUGUCAAAAAUGCUGUGCAGAGAGCCCAGGUUGAAUGUGGCAGCUCUAUUUCAGGACAAGUCUUUUUGCAUAAGUGCUUCAUUAGUUAUAGCUAUUACCCAAAUGGGGUUCCUUCUAGAUCAUCCUCAACAGCAGCUUCAUACUCUUCAUCUUCUUCAGGGCAAAAUCCAGGGAAAACGGCUGCUAUAAUAUUAGGAGGGGCAGCUGGGGUGGCUUUUCUGGUUAUAUUGUUGCUAUUUGCAAGGAGUUUGAAGAAGAAACAUGAUGGUAUGAUAUACGUGCGGCAAUAACAAUAAGAAGUGAUGUUCUGAUGGAUCAUUUAUUUAUUACUCUUACUCAGUUUGUUAAUUAUAUAUACACACACAGUACAUUAAAUGCUCUUACAAUUUUCUGUGAUUUAUUAUCUCAUUUGCUCAUUUUGCAUUAUUGUAUCUUGCACAGAUUAUUGACAGAAGAAAAUGAUUUCUGAGAAGGCAAAAUUAUUAUUUGUGAUGCAUUGUUUUUACAUGUUUAGUUGAUGGAUGAAGGGUGGAAAUUUUAUGGUAAAUAGAGUUUGCAUGAUACAGAAAAAAUACAGGAUGGUUCACUGUUGUAGCUAGGUAAGAUUUUGUUAUUGGGAAGAGCAAUGUGAUUAGAACAUGAAAGUGAGGAUCUUUUACAAGGGUGUUAAUUGUAAAUUACCCAACAAGAAUGAAUGUUUUUCUUCCUUGGUGGAUGAAAAUUUUGGGUCUUACCCUUUAGCCA